CCGCGGAGGGUUCUAGGCGGCCAAUAGGAGCGCGCGUCGCCUCGUUCAUCGGCACCAAGUCGGGUCGAGGCCUACGUUACGGGCGCUUCUUUUCUCUCUCUCUCUCUCUCACUUGAGCGCGGGGCGGGAGGUGACCGUGGUGCGCGCGCGUUUCAACACCCCUCCCCCUUUCCCGAGUGUUUAACCCUCCCCGUUUCCGCGACGGCCUGCCUGCCAGUUUCCCCUUCCGGGCCAGCAAGAGCGCGCGGCGGCGGUGGUGGUCUUCGGCGGCUUAAUCCGGGACUGCCUCACACCUUGACGGCCGCUGCCGGGUGACCGGGGCCAGAGCACAGGCAAAGGACCUCCGCAGUCUCCCGUAUUUGAGGGUGUCUAUAACAAUUCCCGAAUGCUGCACUUCUUGACAGCAGUUGUGGGUUCCACAUGUGAUGUGAAAGUGAAAAAUGGAAACACUUUUGAAGGGAUUUUUAAAACCCUGAGCUCCAAGUUUGAGCUUGCUGUGGAUGCUGUGCACAGGAAGAUGUCUGACCAGUCAGUGGGGCCCAGGAGGGAAGAUAUUGUGGACACCAUGAUUUUCAAGCCUGCCGAUGUGAUGUUGGUGCAUUUCCACAAUGUUGAUUUUAACUACGCCACCAAAGAUAAGUUCACAGAUUCUGCCAUCGCCAUGAAUUCCAAGGUGAAUGGAGAGCACAAAGAGAAGGUGCUACAACGCUGGGACGGAGGAGAUAGCAACAGUGAUGAUUAUGACUUGGAAUCUGAUAUGGUAAAUGUCUUGAUCCGGUCUAAUGGCUGGGACCCAAAUGAGAUGUUCAAGUUCAAUGAGGAAAAUUACGGUGUGAAGACCACCUAUGAUAGCAGCCUCUCCUCAUAUACGGUCCCUCUUGAAAAGGAUAACUCCGAGGAAUUCCGGCAGCGAGAGGCCAGGGCUGCCCAACUGGCUCGGGAGAUUGAGUCAAGCCCCCAGUACCGACUGCGCAUCGCCAUGGAAAAUGAUGAUGGGCGCACAGAAGAGGAGAAGCACAGCUCUGUGCAAAGACAGGUGUCGGGAAGGGACAGCCCCAGUCUGGUAUCCAGAGAGGGCAAGUACAUACCACUUCCCCAACGUGUCAGAGAAAAUCCACGAGGAGGCGUACGCUGCAGCAGCUCUCGGGGUGGACGGCCAGGCCUGGGCUCCUUACCACCCCGUGGGAGUACACAUCAUUCAGAAAGCAACGCUGGCUCCAUUCCAGAGCAACGAGGCAUCAAUGGAGGUCCAUCGAGAAUGUCUCCAAAGUCUCAGCGACCCAUCCGGGGGGCCAAGAGCAUGUCUUCCCCUUCCAGCCGCACCAUGGAAGUCCCAGCUGCAUCUCCUACAGUGGGCCGUGUCUAUGCUCCACGUUCCCCGAAGUCUGCCUCAACUGUGCCAGGCUCUUCCCAGGAUCCCCCAGUGGGAUCAGCAGUCCCUGCUGCUCCUGCAUCGCCCUCUGAAUCGAGGCCUAUCAUGGAGUCUAGCGCUUCCCCAACUCCACCUUCCCCCAAGGUCCCGGCUUCUGCCCCUGUAGCUGCUGUUGAAGUUAAAGAGGUACCGAGUUCUGCCACUAAAGAGCCGAGCAGGACCUUGGAGGUUAUGGGGCCCUCAGACUUGGUCAAACAAGCAAGCAAAGGCCUUCAGAAUGAGCAGAAGAGGAAUCAGCUAGAGGAGCUGCGCAAGUUUGGAGCCCAGUUUAAGCUGCAGCCCAGCACCUCCCCAGAGGCAGCACUUGACUCUUUCCGGCCCAAAGAGCCGCUCGAAGGGAAGGCAAAGGAAAAGCCCCCUGAGGCCUUGGUUGGGGCUACGUGUGAGGUGGCUGACGAGUCCCCCAAGCCGAACCUAGAGCUAGCUGAAGGCAGUAGCAAGGAGGAGAAAGGACCCUGCGAAGGCAUGGAACGGCAGACCCAAACGGCUAGCCCUCUGGGCAAAGGUGACACGGAUGACAAGGAGGAUGGCCCUGUUUCAGAGCAGGUGAAGAAGUCAACACUGAACCCUAAUGCAAAGGAAUUCAACCCCUCAAAGACUCUCCUGUCUGUGAACAAGUCAACCAGUACACCGACAUCACCAGGACCACGCACCCACUCUACACCCUCCAUCCCAGUGAUUACACCAGGGCAAAGCGGCAUGUACAGCACGCAGUACAUUUCUUACAUCCCACAGAUCCAUAUGAGCCCAGCUGUGCAGGCACCUCAGAUGUAUCCCUACCCUGUUUCCAGUUCUGUGCCUGGGCAGCAGGGCAAGUAUCGAGGAGCUAAAGGCUCUCUGCCCCCGCAGCGUUCAGACCAGCACCAACCAACCUCAGCUCCUCCCAUUAUGCAGGCUGCAGCAGCCGCAGGACCCCCUCUGGUGGCUGCUACUCCAUACUCCUCAUAUAUCUCCUACAACCCCCAGCAGUUCACCGGACAACCCACCAUGAUGCAGCCGAUGGCCCAUUACCCCUCGCAGGUGGGUAUGCCCGUCUUUGCCCCCAUGCUGCAGAGCAAUCCGCGCAUGAUGACGUCGGGCAACCACCCUCAGGCCAUUGUCUCGUCGUCUGCUGCCCAGUAUCCCCAAGCAGAACAGCCGACGCCCCAGGCUUUGUAUGCCACAGUGCAUCAGUCGUAUCCCCACCAUGCCACACAGCUGCAUCCGCAUCAGCCUCAACCAGCUACCACGCCCACGGGCAACCAACAGCAAGCGCAACACGCCGCCCCCAGCCCUGUGCAGCACCAGGCUGGACAGCCACCUCAUUUGGCCAGUGCCCAGCAGCAGCAGAACCUGUACCACACAGCCACGCUGACGGCUACACCACCCUCCAUCACACCCGGACCCAGUGCUCAGUCUCCACAGAGCAGUUUCCCCCAGCAGGCAGUCUAUGCCAUCCAUGCCCACCAGCAGCUGCAGCACGGCUACACCAACAUGGCCCACGUCACCCAGGCCCAUGUCCAGACUGGAAUUGCAGCUGCCCCACCACCUCACCCUGGGGCUCCACAGGUCAUGCUGCUGCACCCCUCGCAGACCCAUGGCGGACCCCCCCAAGGAGGUGUACCCCAGAGUGGUGUGCCCACCCUCUCAGCCUCCACGCCCUCCCCCUACACUUAUAUAGGGCACCACCAAGUUCAGUCUCAUCCCUCCCAGCAACUUCCAUUCCACACCCCUGGGAACUGAUGUCCACGCUUCUCCCUGUGACCUGAGAACCCCAGUCAGCCUUGGCUCUGUUGCUGGCCCCAAGUCUGGGCCAGCCUUCAUGCCCAUGGCAGAGGCCCCUGGAGGGGUGCAGUCUGGCCCGGCCCCCCCUCGCCAAGCACCUUCCUUUCCGUUGGUUUAGUGAAGCCCGCACGGGGCGCUGUCAGCCAGCGGGACGGAGCAGGGCCCCUUCCCCUUGCCCGGAGAAGGGCAGGGUUUCUUUUCUGUUAUUUAUGACUCCAUUCGGGCUCUUAGAGCAAAUGCCACUUUCCCACAUUAACUUGACAAGGACAUGACCAGAUGGACAAACCUUGACUUUUUAUUAAGUAAAAAUAUUUAAAAAGUUAAAAAAAAAACCAAUAAAAUUUUAAACUAACUAAUGUUGGGCUUGGGGUGACUGUGUGUGGGAGGGAGGGCCAAUUUCUAAGCAGUAAUUCUUGUUCGUGGUUCUGCGGAGUGGGGGUGGGGGCUUCAAGCACUUCCCCAAACUUGUAGCUCAUCCAGACACGAGGGACACGUUUGCAAGGAUGGGCAAUUAAAACUCCCUGUUUGUCCAGUUCAGAGGCGGCAUUGCUUUGUUUACCCCCCCUCCCUCUGGAAAUAGUGGAUCACCAAGAUGGGGGGUGGGGGGCAGCAACGGAACAAACAUCUACGCAAGUGGUCCUGAAGUGUUGGGGCCUCACUACACACCAUUUUUUAACUGAACAAUAAAUUUGUAAUUGUUGCUUU